AUGGAUCCUCUGCCCGCGGACGAGCCUAGCCUCCAACCGGCUUCUAUCAAUCGUCGGGGCAAACCCCAGCUUUCCUGUAAUCUAUGUCGUCGGAGGAAGCUCCGAUGCAAUCGCAAACAGCCCUGUUCGACAUGCACCGCUCGUGGACUGGCGCUCUCGUGUGCCUAUCCCAACAAUCAAGCCCCACAAUCGCCCAGGCCACAUGGGACCCACAGGGGUCUCCCCAAAGCAACCGUUCAGGACCGUUUGGGCCAGUUGGAGCAGCUUGUCGUUUCGCUGAUGCAGAAGGCCACCUCCGAUAGCCAAGACCUACCAGACCAGCAUCCCGUCGCCUCGGUUCCCCAAGAUCACACCCAAGAAGGCUCAUCGGAAGAGGCUAUCAACUCCGAGGACUCUCCAGCUCAGUCUGACGGCGGAAGUGUAUGGUUUAGCACUUCAGAUGCCCGGUACGUCGGGGGAACACAUUGGGCUGCCAUCCUGGAUGGGAUCGCCGACCUCAAGGAGCAGCUUGAACAGGAAGACGAUGAGAACAUUGAAAAGCCUGCUAUGCUGCAUACUUUCCUGCUGUAUGGGUGUAAAUCAGCAAGUAAAGAAGACAUAUUGGCAGCUCUGCCCGAUAGACCCGCUGUCGAUCGCUACAUUUCUCAGUACUUUAAUCGAUUGGACUUGGCACCAUCGUGUCUACACAGUGGUCAAUUUUCACGCCAGUAUGAACAGUUCUGGGAAAAUCCAUCCGAGGCCUCGGUCAUGUGGCUGGGUCUCCUCUUCUCUAUGAUAUGUCUCGCAGUGCUGGCUUCAAGUGCGGCAGACUCCAGCUCAUCUCCGGGAGUCCGCAAUCCAUUGGUGGAUACGUACCGCGAAAAGAUAGUACAGUGUCUCAUUCUAGGCGAGUACACCAAAUCCGGGCGUUACGUAUUUGAAACCCUAUACCACUACUUGACCAUCGAGUAUUCCAUCCGGAAGGAUGCCGACCGGGACAUCUGGAUCCUUUCGGGAAUCUCGAUCAAUAUAGCUCUGCGCAUGGGUUACCACCGGGAUCCGUCGCACUUGCCAGGGAUAUCCCCAUUUGCGGGAGAGAUGCGACGGCGGGCCUGGGCCACCAUCUUGCAGGGAGAUAUUCUAAUCUCCACCCAGAUGGGCAUGCCACGAAUGAUCAAGGAUUGGCAAUGUGACACCAUAGAGCCCCGUAAUUUGAAUGACUCGGACUUCGAUGAGGAUUGCUCAGAGCUUCCCCCGUCCAGGCCAGUAACGGAGAUCACCACAGUCUCGCACCUGGUUGCCCGGCGGCGUAUAUUUGCCGCUUUGGGUGUGAUUGUCGAUUUCACCGCGUCGGUGCGACAGGUGGCCUACGACGAGGUAAUGCGACUAGAUCAGAUUCUACAUGACGCAGAGGCGACGGUCCCAGCAUAUCUCCGCAUGAAGGGCAUGGCUGCGGCGGUCACCGAUCCCCCGCAAGUGAUUAUGCAUCGGCUCUUUCUCAGACUGAUGUUCCACAAGGGUCAGAUCAUGCUACACUGCAAGUACUUAAGUCCGGACCUAGCCGCAUCUUCCGAUUGCCAAACGUCAUACUCCUACUCGCGUAGCUCUUGUAUAGAGGCAGCGUUGGGUAUUUUGGAGAUCCAGCGAAUACUCGACGAGGAAACCAGCCCAGAUGGGCAGCUUUAUAUGAUACGAUGGCGAGCUUCCUCCUUCAUGAAGCAUGAGUUUCUGACAGCCACGAUGCUACUAUGCUUUCUUACCCGACAGAGACAUAGUAUCCCAGAUUCUAUAACCGAUAGCCACAAUUUGGACCAAAUCAUGGCAGCGCUAACAAGGUCACAUGGUAUCUGGAUAAGGUCAAGGAAUUUGUCAGUUGAAGCGAAGACAGCCGCAGACACUCUCAGCAUUGUUCUGGCUAAAAAGCCGGAUGGUUCUAAUAUCAGCCCAGAGGACCAGGCUAUGAACAAUGAUUUCGCCCUAAAUUCAGCCCUGCCGAUGACCUUUCCCGCUGGAGUGCUCGAUGGAAAUGGUCUGGAAGAGAACUUUUCUUAUGGAUUCCCUUUCAUAGGGUCCAGUGAGAUGUUACCAGGCUCAGCCAUGGUGAUAGAUCCGAACUUCGCAUGGCAAUGGUAA